GUUGAGUCAUCAUUUAAAAUUUAUUUGGCCCGAUAAGCGCAAAAAUGUCGGACCUUUUUCUUUCUUUUUUAAACGCGGUCAAUGUUUGUAUUUCCCCCCCCCUUUUUUUUUGCUCUAUGGAUUGCUUUUGUAUAUUUGCUUUUCUAUCACAAGGAAAAAUAAAGAGUUAAGAUUCGAGAGUGUGCACAACCAGCGCUUUGGAAAAAAAUUUUUUUCAUUAAGGACAGGACAAUAACCAGAAAAAUAUGGCAACAACAUCAGCACCUAUACAAUUUGUGGCUGGAAGUGCUUUAAAAAUUGUUAUAAUUUUGCUGACAAUUGUGGUGUUGGUUUUGCUUGAUCCUUCUUAUGUUACUGCUUAUAUUUCUAUAAAUUAUGAAAUUGUUCUAAUUUAUAUCAUUUCUGCUCUAACUCUUCUUUAUUGUGUUGUUUCGAUCAUAAUGUAUGCAAUAAUGCAACGAAGUGUGCGGGAAGGCGAAGAACUCCAUUUAACUAAUUGCUCGUUGUCGGAAAUUGUGUUUGCUGGUGCUGGGAUGAUUUGCUGGAUGUUAGUUUGCGGCAUUGGAGGCACUGUCGCCCAACGGACAAUAAUUGAUACUGGAGAAUACUUUGGUUGGCUUGGGGCAUGUGCCGGUAUAAUUGUUUGCCUUUUUGCUGGAGUAUUAGCCCUAUUUGCUUUGGAUAUUUUGACAAACAAAAUUCUGAGCCCCCAACGAAGAAAGUAUCGUUAUACUCCUCCACAAAUUUGAAUGAAAAAAUAUUUCUUUUAGUUUAAAAUUUAAUAAAUAUACACUCCUUUCAUUUAUUUUUCUUGAGAGAUCUUUUUUUUCUUUACAUUUAUUAAUUAAUAUAAGCGCAGUACAGCAAUUUUAAAAUAUGUUUCAGGAAAUUAUGAUUAUUUUCCGGAAGGAAUAACUAACUUUAAUAAACUUUUUCGUUUAUCAUUUGUUUGGUGUAGUGGUAAGGUGCUUGGUUUUCUAUUGUUAAUAGGUGAUGGUUCGAACCCUACUAUCGGAGACUUUUUUGUU